UCUUAAGGCAUCCAUCAUUCGAUCUAAGUCAUCUUAUAUUCUAGAGACAAACAAGAAAGACACGUAAUUGAAGCUUAAUUUUGAAUAAUCAAACAAAAGCAACGAAAAACAACAUAAAAAUAAUAUGUGAUGGUUCUAGUACUAGCAAUUAGCUCAAUGUGGGCUAUGUCAAUGGCUCAACCGAGCUCUUCAGGGCUAAGUGGUGCUUGCACAAAUGUGUUGGUUACGUUGUCACCUUGCUUAAACUACAUAACCGGGAACUCGUCGACGCCCUCAUCAAGCUGCUGCAGCCAGCUAGGUAGUGUUGUUAAGUCCUCACCAGAAUGCUUGUGCGAGGUUCUUAACGGUGGAGCCUCGGGUUUGGCUGCUGGUUUGAACAUUAACCAAACUCAAGCUUUGACUCUUCCUAAUGCUUGCAAUGUUCAGACUCCUCCUCUUAGCCGUUGUAAUAAAGCCGCUUCUCCAGCAGGAUCUCCAUUAGGAAGUCCAGGAAGUGGAUCUAAAACAUCACCAACAGAUGGUGAUUCUUCAGACGCAACAUUGUCAAAGUUACCGACUAUUCCUGCUUUAUUUGCGGUGUUAUACUUUCGUCGUUUCACACGCUUUAGCCUUUUAGAUACGUUCAAAUUAUUUGGUCUUAUUUUGGACCGUCUUAUUCACUCUUCUUGUUUUCAUGUGCGAUUUUUAAUUUGUUGUACGGUUGUACUACCACCACACCCAUUUUGUAAUACGAGUACAUCUUUUUUUAUUUUUUGGAAUUGAGUAAUUUUCUUUGUAUUAUUAUUAUUAUUAUUAUU